CCACAGCACAGGGGGCAUCCGGGAUCAGUUCCUUUGUCGAGCGCACGACGCCUCACAAGCACGGCAAUGGCAGAUGUUUCCGGAAGCAACUCGAAUCUCGCUGCCGGCGGCGCCGAGAAGACCUCGGCCGCACAGGCUGACGAUAAGGACCAACGCCGCAACUUCAACUAUCCGCUUGUGCGGAACUGCGAUAUGGUUGACGAACUGCGUCUUGAGGCCGUGGACAUGGUCGUGACAGCCGUCGAAAAGCAUCCUGGAAACUACGAGGCGGCUUCGAAAUCCAUCAAAGAGCUGAUGGACAAGCGAUGCGGAAGCAGCUGGCACGUAGUGGUUGGCGAAGGCUUCGGAUUCGAAAUCACCAACGAGAUGCGCAACCUGCUGUAUAUGUACUUUGGAGGCAACAUCGGCGUUCUAGUGUGGAAGGCUUCAUGAAGAGCUCGCUUUGGGCGGUGCGGGAGCGGCGACGUGCCUCAUGACGUGCAAGUCAAGCUGCAGCCCGCAUCGCAAAGCGGAUGUUCGACUCCGACGCCAGUGGCCAUUCUGCGCUGGAUGUCGGUUCCAAACGUGCAUGGUGCCGCCUUUCUGGGUCAUGAAUAUAGACAGGCACCCAGCCCACGAGCAGC